AUGGCCUCUUCGCCGACAGAGCAGGAAAUUCUUGCUGUCCUGGAAACCAAGACGCCGGAGGCUACGAGAGGGAAACCCCUAACUCCGCUGCACUCAAAUGUAUCGUUCAGAAACGAUCUCGACAGCAUGCUGCUUCAACUCGAAAAUGAACGGACCUCUCAUUUCCAACUUCGCGGUAUGGCAAAUCCGCCAGCGUCCCAUUUGUGCUAUAGGAAUUCGGUCUUGAAUAUCCUGCUCUACAACGACCGAUUCAUGAGUUAUGUCAAAAGCUAUUUGAACAAGCACAGCGAUGUGCCCGGAACAAUGAAGCCGCUCGGAGCCAUCUGGGACCACAUAAAUGGAACGGAUGCCAAUGAUGCUGCGUACGCGAAAUUUAUCGCCAAAGUAUGGGAAGACUUCUGGGCCGUGGACAGUGUCGCCGGGCCAUGGAUCAUACCUGGGCGCCAUAAUAUCGCACAAAAGAAGCAUCGAGUUCAGAGAGAUGCCUCAGACUUUCUUGAUCACCUCUUCGCUGCGGAACGCUUCCAGUUGGCGCAAAAGAAGGGCUCCGACGAAGCCUUCAUGACAGACUUGAACGAACUCAUCGAGAUCAACCGCAGUCUGUUCAGCGUUUGCCGGGACUGCGGUACACAGCAUCCGGCGAAAUUUGCGCAUCCGGAAGAUGUUGAUCUGACCUGGAGGAUCGGACUGUCAACGGAUCAGAAGUUGAUCGAUCUUCUGCGGCGCGAGCGCAAGCAGCCUUUUAAUUACCAGUGUGAACAAUGUCAAAAGUCAACAGACAAUCGGCCUGCUGAAAUGGAGGUCCGAAAAGCUCCAAGGAUCUCCUAUCUUCGCCGCCUACCAGAAAUCAUCUUCAUGCAACUGAAGCGAUUUGAUUUUGCUUUGGAUUCAGCCAAAAAGGGCAAAAAGCCAUCAGGGAAGACCGGCAAAAAUGAGUCAAAAGUUAGCAUUGAUCCAGUGCUCGAUCUUGCAGAGCAUCUCGACCCUGUGAUGCAAGAAUGGGAGAAGGUCGAUGCGAAAUACGAUCUUGUUGGGGUUGUAGCCCACUACGGCGAUCUGAAUUCUGGACACUAUAUCAGCUACGUUAACUUCAAGACGGAGUGGUAUAGGCUCAACGACAAGGUCAAGACUGCCAGUAACUUCCAAGAAGCUGUACAUCAUGAUCCACAAGGCUUUCAGCCAUACUUGCUGGUUUGGCAACGCAGGCACGAAGUGCCAAUCGCAGAGAUUGAGAAGAUGAAGACAAACCCCACCGCAGCUCCUGGAGCAGCCUCAGUAGCUCCAGCCCGAUCCGAUCCCAAGGACCGCACGUCAACAAAGUCACCUGUAGCAUCGGCGACGAAGGCGACAUCCACUGGCGCCGCUCAAGCGUCCCAGGCGAAUCCCGCAACGACCAGUUCUGAAGGUCGCACAACCGCCAAAACUCCUUCGGCAGCGGCAAAACCCCCCCUACCCACACCUGCCGAGCCCAAGAGCACAGCUCGACCCAGCGUCGACGCACCAAAGCAGAUAUCACCUCCUAAGGAUUCAGAUAACUCGAAGACUUACUUGCACGUCAAAUUGGGACUUGCCGGAAAGGACUACUACAUCCAUCACCGUCUCAACAGCCUUGGUCGCACGCCAGUUGAGGCCAGCAAACACUUUGAGCAAGCCAAAGUUGAUCUCUCCGUCCAUCUGGUCAACGAUCUACCCGAUGGCGUGAACGCACGAGAGCUCGACCUUGUCGCUGCAGCCACUGAAACCGUCCGGCCUAAAAGCAUCCAAAGGAAACGGAAGUCCCUCCAGCUCUGUUCUUGUGGCUUACUUCAUGAAGGUGCAUGCGGAGGAGUCGCGCACAAACGGCUUCGACGAAAUGACUGGCACAGCGAAGAAUCUUAUUUAUAUCCCACGCCACUAUCGGCCGCACACCGCGAAAAGGUCCACGCCGCUGUGAAGGCAGCGGGAAAGGAAUGGGCUGAAAAGUAUAAGCACUUACUCAUGCGCCGUCCAGUAGUUCAACCCGUCCGAGAGCCUAGCGCUCAGGCACCUGCAUCCAGUUCGGAACCGAUAUAUCUGAAUGCUAGGGCUCAACAACUCUUGUCCAGCUGGGAUUCGACCGAAGAUGAUGAAGUCUAUGAACCCUGGGACCCUCGCCAACCCAGAGACCCUCGAUUGCCCAUCAAAAUCUGGCACAGACGUAAUUCUGCAUUGCUUCCUAGACCUGCUGUGUUCACCCAAGGUGCCGGCCCGACUGGGCAGGAGAAAAUAAUUACUGGCAAAGUGAUGAAUCCGCCGCUGAGAUGGCCGAAGUCACUUCCAUAUUCAAGAAGGCCCACAAGUCGACCAAAGUCCUCGUUGAUAGCCAAAACCUCAGCCCUGAGCAAAGCGACUACUGUCUGCCACCGCAAAGUCAACCGUGCCAGAGCAAUCUUCAAAAAGCACAUCAGUCCCCUGGCUCACACUUCAUACACUGCCACAAAACACGUCCUCACCCGUCUCACCAAAAAGACCUAUCGCUUCCUCAAGAACGACUUCGACCGCAUCCGCCGCGGCGACCUCUAUUAUCGGCAAAUGGCCAUUUUCGCAGGGGCCUGUUUCUUCUCCGCUGUCGCGGUCCAAGUCUACCGAGCGCCGGCUGCAAGGGCAUAUGCCAUGCACAAGCUGCGUACGAGGGUGCGAUCAUCCAAAUGGUGGGCUAUCAAGGCGUGGCCGAGUCAGUGGGACGCGGCGAUGAAGGACUGGUUCUUUACGUGGCAAGGAAUAGAUGAGAAGGAUAGGUGGCGGUAUCUGGAAUAA